AUGCUCUGUCUGGGAAUUAAAGACUUAAGAUUCUGGAAUGAUGCUUUAUUAAUUAAACACAUUUGGAAUCUGAUCAGUAACAAGAAGUCUCUGUGGGUUCAGUGGGUGAGAGAAAACUACAUUGGUGAUGGAAAUUUCUGGGAAAUUUGGCAGAAGAAAAGCAUGAAUUGGACUUGGAAAAGAUUUUUGGAAUUGAGAAAAACUGUUAGACAUCAUAUUGUCUCAUGUGUUGGUGAUGGUAGAAAUACUUCUUUAUGGCAUGAUUGGUGGCACCCAAUUGGCAUAUUAAGUACAAUUAUAUCAAGGAGGGAUUGGUUUAGAAAUGGAUUUAGUGAAAAUUCUUUAGUCAGUGAUGUUUUGACUAAUGAUACUUAUAGAUGGCCUGUUGAUUGGGUAAUAAAUUUUCCUGGUCUGAAAGAUGCUCCCAUGUUUUGUAAUAUUGGUAAUCAAAAGGAUAUUACUGUUUGGAGGGAUAUGAAUGGUGUGAAUAAAAAAUUUUCUUGCAAGCAAGUUUGGAGAGAUAUCAAUAACUUUGGAAGUAAAGUCAAGUGGGUUAGCUGUGUUUGGUAUAGUAAUUGUAUUCCCAGGAAUGCAUUUAUUUUAUGGCUUGCUGUUCUGAAUCGUCUGAAAACUCAAGAUCGAGUUAAAUGCUGGGAGAAAUCAGGUUCUUUACUAUGUCCUUUCUGUUUAAAAAUUCCUGAUUCUCAUGAUCAUCUUUUCUUUCAAUGUGAAUUCACGCAUAGUAUAUGGAAACAUUGUUGUUCUAAGGCUGGAAUUGACAUUUCUUAUUCUAAUUGGAAUGAUCUUGUUCUUAAAUUGUCUUCAGUCUUAAAUUCGAGAUCUAUUGAGAUUUUGAUCAAAAAAUGGGUGUUUGCUAGCUGUGUUUCUCACAUUUGGAAAGAAAGAAAUUCAAGAAUUUUUAGUAAAUUGAGAAAAUCGAAUGAAGGAGUUAUUUUGUGUAUUGAGAAAGAAAUUCAAUUGAAGAGUAGCUGUUGUGAUCCUGUUUGUUUUGAGGAUUGGGAUAAUAUGGAGAUGUUGAAUUGUUUGACUGUUCUUAUGGGAGGAUGUUUGGGUUUGAUCUUUUAUGGGGUUAUUUGUUAUGUUUUCACUUUUGGACUGUGGGUUUUUUUAAGGGCCUUACCCCUUGCUUUGGUCUUAAUGGUGAUUGGUGGGGUGGUUUUUGCAAUGGGGUGA